ACAGCUCCCCUUCAGCCACACGGGGGCGCUGAGGCGCCAUUAGCUGCAGGCGCUGAAACCGCAGAAGAAGAAGAGUUCCUAUCCACGUGGGAGAAGAGGAGCAACAUGGCGCCUCCGGGAGGGAAAAUAAACAGACCGAAAACGGAGCUCGGAAAGAAACUCUUCAAGCGGCGCCGAGUUCUGGGCCGACAGAAGAGGAAGCAGCAUCAGAUCAUCGGAGCCGUGGUGGACCGGGACCUCAUCACCGUCCAUCACCUGCAGAAGAGACGGUCCAGUCCCAGAGCCAACAUCACGCUCUCAGGGAAGAAGAGACGGAAGCUGCUCAAGCAGCUGCAGCACAUGCAGAAGGAGAAAUCCACCAUGGAAGUGGAAGCAGCACCACAGAAGAAGAAGGACUCCUCUUCAUCAUCAGCUGCUCCACAGAAGAAGAAGAAGAAGGCGGGGUCUGGUGGCCAGGGCGACGUGGAGAUGGAGGAUGUGGAGUGAGCUGAGGUCCGAUUUCAGACAAAGUUCUGUCAGAAAUCAAGUUGCAGAGAAGAAAACGUGGAAAUCAGAACCACUGGAUGUGGAUCAGAACCGAUGAGUAGAACCAGACAACCUCGCUGUGAUUCAUCUGUUCCACUUUAUCUGAGCUACUGAGGGACUGGAGCUGCAGAUUUGGUUUUGGUUCUGAGGGUAGAACCUGUUCAGAACAUGGACUGGGUCCAUAGAAACCAAUGGACACUUUGUACUGUUUCUCUGUUUGAAUAAAAUAAGUCCAAAAGUUC